AUGGACAACGCAUCGCUAACGCAGUCACAGAGGGAGGCCCUCAUCGUGAAGGGUUUCGGCCCAACAAUGGUUCACUUUGUCAAAAACAACGGUGGCUGGAUGUUCAACCUCGUCUUCGCCCACCUUCUCUUCUGGCUGUUCGGGUUCACGGCACUGCUUGAGUUCGGGUACUCGGACCUUAACCAGGAUUCCUCCGGUCAAAUCAAGUCCGGCCCAUCCGGAUCAGGGGUGGGCAUCAUUACAACGCUCCUCAUGGCUGUCGGGACGUUGGUUGUCGUUGCCAAGGCGAUCCGGUACGAUCCGAAUGCCGAGUCGGGGGGGAUUGGGACACACGGAUCUUAG